GUUGCCGCUGCGCAGACGCAACGCACGCGCCACACACACACGCCCUCGCACACACACACACCUCGGAGACACACACACACCGCCCGCCCUUGCAAGCCGGCUUGCAGGAAUUCGUAUUGAACUUGCAACAUUUUUCCAAUUUCAAUUUCAAGAUCAAAAACGUAUUUUUUUCCGUAUUUUGUUUUGUGAUUCCGGUUAAAAAAAAAAUAAAGUAAACAAAUAAAACAAAAAUAAAAUCCUCAACCGAGCGUGUGUUCAACAAUUUUAAGUGUCAACUAUUUUCUGGUGGAUCCCAAACCAGAGUAAAUUACACAGAAAUAUUCAGGCAUCUGGAGGUGCUUGUGGACAGAUGACCAUGACCAAGACGACGACGACGACGAUGGGCGCCCUGCCAGUGGGCGUGCUGCUGCUGGCCCUGCUGCUCCAAAUCCAAGUGGCCCCAAUCCUGGGCCAUGGCCGACUGAUGGAUCCGCCUGCCAGGAAUGCCAUGUGGCGUUUCGGUUACCCCAAUCCCGUCAACUACAACGACAAUGAGCUCUUCUGUGGCGGCUAUGCGGUUCAAUGGGAGAAGAACAGCGGACGCUGCGGUGUCUGCGGCGAUGCCUACCAUGUCAAGUCGCCGCGUCCCCAUGAGGCGGGCGGAGAGUAUGCCAAGGGCAUUAUCUCCAGAUACUAUACCGCCGGCCAGGAGAUCGAAGUGGAGGUAGAGCUAACGGCCAAUCAUUAUGGCCGCUUCGAGAUGUUCUUGUGUCCGAAUAAUAAUCCCCGGCACGAGGCCACCCAGGAGUGCUUCGAUCGAUAUCCCCUGCCCAUAUCUGGCAGUCGGGAGCAUCGAUAUUUGAUACCGCGGGAUGCCAAGAAGAAGGACAUUUUCCGCUACCGAGUCCGACUGCCACCGUAUGUCACCUGCACGCAGUGUGUCCUCCAGUGGACGUACUACACGGCCAAUAUGUGGGGCACCUGUGCCAAUGGCACCGAGGCUGUUGGAUGCGGCAAGGCAGAAACUUUCCGCAAUUGUGCUGAUGUAGCAAUUAUCUCUAAUACUGGCGGCGGUGUUCCACCGAUUUUCGUCAACAACAAGUCGCCAUAUCUGUUGUACUAUCGGGAUUAUCGGGCGCCGGAGGACAACAAUAUAUUUCCCCUUAUUGUGCGCAAUGCCACGCGGCAUGCGCGCAAACGAGGCAAGGGGCUUAAACCCGCUUAACCACGCUAAAUCCGCUUACCUGAUAUAUAUGUAUAAAUAUAUAUAUAUAUAUAUAUAUCGCUUCUUCCUUCGCUUCGCAAACGCUUUUUAGCCCAACAAAUCAGACAUAUACAAAAUCAUCCCGCUGGAGUUCAGAGCUCAUAACGAAAAAAUGGGUAAAGGUAAAAAUUUCGGUGUACAUUUAAGUCAUAAAAAAAUAUAACAGU